UCACAGCAGAUCCUCCAUACCUGGACAGAAAUACCCACAGAGUCAACCACAGGAAUGAAUGACAAACAUCUGCUGCAGCUGUGCGUCACUGCGUUUCUGCUCGACUCUCAGUCAUGUUGUCCUUGGCCCCCCUCUCACUCCGUCUCGUGGCCUCUGGUUGCCAAGGAAGCAGGCGAUCAGUAGCAACCGUCGUCUCCGGCAACAAGACAUCCAAGUUGGUGAGGGAUAGACUGAGGAUGGAGGUGGAGAAGAUGAGGGGUCAGUUCUCAGGGUUCAGGCCCAGUCUGGUCGUGUUACAGGUGGGAGACAGAGAUGACUCCAACCUGUACAUCAGCACCAAAUUGAAGGCUGCAGCUGAGAUUGGGAUCGAUGCCAAACACGUGCGGCUGCCGAACACAGCAACGCAGGACGAGGUCCUGCAGAGCAUCAUGUCUGUCAACGAGAACGUGUCGGUCCACGGUCUGAUCGUCCAGCUCCCUCUGGACUCCGUCAACCGCAUCGACACCGAGCUCAUCACCAACGCUGUCAGUCCAGAGAAAGACGUGGACGGUCUGAGUUGUAUUAAUGCAGGGAAGUUGUCUCGAGGUGAUCUGAACGACUGCUUCAUCCCCUGCACCCCCAACGGCUGCAUGGAGCUCAUCAGACAGACAGGUGUGUCAGUGGCGGGGAAACAUGCGGUCGUCAUCGGUCGCAGUAAAAUCGUUGGCGCUCCGAUGCACGACCUGCUGCUGUGGAACCACGCUACCGUGACCACCUGCCACUCAAAGACAUCAGACCUACCUGAGCAGGUGGGUCGGGCUGAAAUCCUGGUGGUGGGGGCCGGCAGAGCAGAGAUGGUGAGAGGAGAGUGGGUGAAGGAGGGAGCUGUGGUCAUCGACUGUGGAAUCAACUACAUCGCAGAUGAGACGAAGGCGAGCGGGAAGCGGGUGGUUGGAGACGUCCACUACUCCUCAGCCAAAGAGAGAGCUGGAUUCAUCACACCUGUUCCAGGAGGGGUGGGACCCAUGACAGUGGCCAUGCUCAUGGAGAACACGGUGCAGAGCGCUCAGCGUUUCCUCCUGAAGAGUCAGUCGGGCAGGUGAAACACCGGCACUGACAGGCAGACAGGUGUGUUCAGGUGACCAGGAGGAAUCGGUGAUGGAAGACAUGUACAUGACAUCUUCAGAUUUGAACAAAUACCGUUUCAGAGGCUGAUUGUUGCCAGUUCUCUGUUCCACAGCUUCAUUGACCUCCUUUUGUUUUCUGCUUCUUUGUUUCACAUUCUCUUUUAUAUAAUUGAUUUUUUAAUCAGUGUUUUUCUGCUUCUGCUCUGACCUCUUUCAGUCAUUUUCUCGUGUUCUUCAAUUUAAUUGAUUAAUUUAUUGAGUGUAAAAUCUGAUUAUUCACAUUAACCUGCACAGAAUACUUACAUGAUUUAAACUAGAAGACAUGAAGUGUAGACUUAUCUAGCUUUCCUUUCAAACAAAAUAUCGACAUCAUAUCUUUACUAUUGUCACUUUUAAAUGCACGUUUGAGUUUCCAUUCUGCUGUGUUUACUGAAACCCUUAGUGCUUUUCUGCUUUUUCAUGUUUCCUUUCAAAAUGAUCAACUGUGAAAAAUUUGAGGCUGUCCUCUGUAAAAGGCAGUCAGGUAACUUAGUUAUGGAGUCACAAAGAUGGUGCUAGGAGGAGGUUGGGGUGGAUGGUUGGGUCAACCAACUAUGAUGACAUACAGUACUGAAGCCAAACCUGAACUGUCCCUAAAGGCCUCUACACACUGUGCGAUUCUAGCAAUCUCAUAAGUUCACAGCUUGCUACACUGUACGACACGAAUCUAAAAGUCUUUGGGCAUGAAGUUUGAUCUGUGCAGAUUGCACGAUGAAAAUACAAGCUAAAACACAGUCUACGAUGUACCUGAGUUGACAUGAAUGAGGAAGAAUAAGUCAUAAGCAUGCACCGUCCAUUCAUGAAAAAUAAAUAACUGAAGCAAAACAUAGAGGGUCACAUUAUUUAUUAUCUAGCUUAAGUGCUGUGGCCACUAUUUACGGCAGGGUGUAUGUGUGUGUGUGUGUGUGUGUGUGUUUGCUAGCCGCUUAUGUUAGGUUACUAACCUGGGAGCUGCAAUUUCGCCACUAUAGCCUUCCAUGCUACGUCCUUUUUUGUCUGGUUGUGGUACGAGCUGGAGGACACGUCAAAAAGGCUUCUGCUGCCACAGCUCCACUAGGCUGUCUUUUUUGUUUAAAUCCCACAUACUUGUUUUGAUGGGUUUUGCCAUUGUCACUGCAAAUCAUUUAUUUGGGUUUAGCGCCAGUACGUCAUUUCAUACCGCAUUUCUGUUGGUUAGUUAGAUGUCGUAGGUCACAGCAGCAGUCACGCUUUGAGACGAUCACCCCGAAUUUCUGAAACUGUCAGAAUUUUAUCGCAGCUUGUCUUUGGUUGCAAAACCAUGAAAACGGCCGUCUUUGAACCUGUCUCAGUGAUACAUAGGACCACCGAUUUAGAGCCAAGACCAAAGACAUUGCCACGAUUUCUCAUGAUUGCUAUCUUCUUACCUCUGGGGGUUCAGGCAUGUGGGUUCUGAAAAGCACCUUGAGACAAUUUGACCUGUAAUUGGCGCUAUAUAAAUAAGAUUGAAUUGAAUUGAAUGUUUUGACUGGGACGGCCGAAAAUCACACAGUGUGUAGUGGCCUUAAGGCUGGAUUUAGACCACACACUGCAGGAUUUGAAAAAUGAUGACACAUCACACACUACAGGAUGUUAUUAAAAUUGUCGUGCCAGAGGGAGCAGAAUGGGAGCACUGCCACACGUCAUCUCACAGGGAAACAGAUGUAAACAAAAUGGAGACUGUGAUGCAACAACUUGCUGUAGCACUAAUAACACUUUAGCUCAAAAACAUUCAUCAUGUCUUCUGACUAAUGCAGUAGAUUUGAGUUCUUUUCACCUUAUGUCUGAACAAAAGAAGUCAAAACUACUACUACUAAUGCUUUGCCGAGAGAAAAACAACAAAAGCAAAAAGAUAAAUGUUUGGCAAGAUGUGGUCAACAUGGUUAAUCUAUUCUUCAGUGAAAACUAGGGGUGAAAUUUUAACUCAAUUUUAAUAUCUUUAGAUCAUAUUAGUCUCAAGGAUUAGAUUAUUUAGCGUUGGGUUAGGCUGCUGUGAUAAAAGUAACCACCCUGAUUUUUACUCCUCAAUAUCAAACAUGUUUGAUGUUAUUGAGGUGGCCCCAGUUCAGUUUGGGAAGUUGAAGCCUGUAUCUAUGAACCUUUACCAAAUAAACUGGAUCAGACAAAGAUCCUUUACCAGAUUUCUGUUCAGAACCGAGAUCUCCUGUAGUCUGAGCCAAGUGUAAACGCAACAAACAGUUGAUUUAUAACCAUUUGUGUAGUGCAUGCUGCUGCGAGUUUAACUUUUUCUUUCUUCAGAAUCUAGAAUGAACCAAAGCAAAGCCUCCGUUUCCCUUAAUUUUUAUAUAUAAUAAAACAAAUAAUUAUUUUGCUCGUUUUUAAACUAAUAAAUCUUGUAACGCUACCUUAAUAAAAGCUGAACGAUUUCUGUAUUUCUUAAUAAACAAGUUUAUUUCUCA